CUAACAGGGUCCAACAUGAAAAAAGAUUUGAUGGUGAAAGAAAAUGUUCCAGCUGAAGAGUGUGUUGUGUGUGUAUCAGUGGGAGGAGAAGGACAGACGCAGUAAAGCUUCUCAGGAACAUAUUCAUGCGUAGUUGGCGUGAAACAGAAGAAGGGAGUGCAGUGGAGUGAUCUCACUGUCUGAAGUCAACACUGCUACAAGAAUCCAGCAUCAUGAAACUGAGUCCUCAACAAGCUCCACUCUAUGGAGAGUGUAUGUUGACUGUUCAGCUGGAGGAUGAGGAUGUGGGAAAGGAGGAUGAAGAGGAGGUGGAGUUCUAUCUUUUAUUCUUGGGGUCCACCCAGAGACAUCUAUCCAGCACACUGCGAGUCAGUCAUGUGACACUGCAGGCCGUGUGUCCAGCCCAUAAUGUGUGUGAGCAGGUCUUGGUGACAUUAUGUUUGGCUCGGCCUGGAGGACCAGUGGACACACACUCGCAGGAGAGCUUCUGCUUUGUUCAGGACCUGGCUCUCGACAUGGCCCACUUCCUGCUUGACAAUACAGCUCCACAGGAAGCACUAUUAUUGGAUGAUGAGCAGAUUCCGUUGAAAGAGUGUGAGAGGUUGGAUCAGAGCUUGGCGCUGGCCUUGAAACACCUCACUGUGUACCACCAGAGGACUGCACCAAGACUGCACACACACACACUGACAGAUGUGGGCAGACACAUGGAUAGCCAGACAGUGCCACACACAGUGACAGACACACACACACACACAGACACAGACAGACACAGUACAGAGACACGGCUGGACAACUGCAGUGCUCAGUCUCAGUGCCAGCAGUACUCCAGUCUGCUCCACUUGGCAGCUGGUCAUGGUCUGAGGACGGUGGCAUCGUUCCUCUUGCAGCAGCCAGGAGGACGGGAGGCACUGAGGCAAACCAACGCUCAGGGACAAACUCCAGCAUGUCUGGCAAAGACCAGGGGACACCAGCAGCUGUUAGAGCUCUUUACACAGUAUGAAGCGUCUUCAGAUGUCCAGGUGGAACCAAAGGAUGAGUUGCACUUUUUCCCAGGGGGCCGAAUGUUUCGGCACCACUCAAGUCUUGGUACUUACACGCUCACAUUCCCCAGCCUGAAGCAGAGGGAGGAGGAGGCAGGAACAGAGAGCAGCGGAGGCCAUCAUUUACAAGACCAGGUGACGGAUCUGAGAAGGCUCAUUGAGCUGCACAGAGACAAACAGGUAAUCUCAGAUCUUGGUGGUACUAUCACACUGACACAUGCCUCCACAUCUGCCUCCAUCAAUCACGAGCUGGUCAGCCCAGACUGUGGAUUGCAACCCUGGUCUAACAGCCAACAGGAGAGCAAGGAGGCUGCAGGUCCGGCUGUGGUAACCACAGAGAACUGUAGAACAGUGACCGAGGAACUGGGAAGUCCCUUGUCAUUGGAGGAGAGAAAGCUUGGGGAGGACUCCGCUGUUGUCACUCAGACAUCCUGUACCACUGGAACUGUGUGUCAGAGCCAGGAAACUGGGGGAGAGCAGAAAAGCACACCAGCUGCCAACUCUCAUGCUGGUCGUAACAUUAAAAACAAAAGGAGAACUACAAAAACCACAAGACGUGCAAGAGAAUCUCCAGGAAAUAACAGUGGUACCCCAGAGGCUGGUAAAGGAACUGCACAGAGACAGCCAGAAACAACAGGAAGUCACACAGAGGGAGCUCUGUCACCCAUAGAACUGGCAGAGGCAUCUGUGAUUGGUGAGGCGGGAAUCACAAAAAAUCUCUAUAGUCCCAGAACAGAGGAGACUCAGUUACCCAUAAACCCAGCGUCUGUACCAAGUGGUGAUGGGAACUGUGCUGACAGGAAGGCUGUUGCCUUGCCAACCACCACUAUCGUAGGAAAACAGGAAGGAGAGAAGUGGGAAGUUGAGCUGCUGAUAUCUGAGCGAGUGGUAGAGAGUGAAAGACGGACAGAGACAGAGCAGGAAGACACUGAGCGUCUCUCAGCUAAUGAAGCUAAACUUCACUCUGCUCUGCUAUCGUCUUCAGGAGGGAAAGUAACCAUGGGCCAGGAACAAUCCCAGGAUCCCCAGGAGAGCCAGUCAGACCCAGAGGCUCUGAGUCAACCUGAAUCCACUCACAAGAGUCCUCAGCCCGGCAGGAGGACUAGUCCCAGUUCCACAGACAAAGAAAGAAAACCCCGCAGAGUGCUGUGGAGAGAUGGAAGCUGGACUGGGAGUAAAAUGGGAUCACCCCCACACGUACCAGAAAUGGUUGCAAACACAGUAUGGUAUCCGAGUGAAGACUUAGACAAGGGUGCCAAUGAAGACUCAAACAUGAAGGCAUUGAGCUCCCAGUCAGUUUGGUAUGACUGUGACACAGUGGAUCAGAGAGAGACUGAACAGCUGGAGCAGGGAAUGAGAGAGCAGAAAGAAUGUGACCUGAGCUCAGCCCAAGCUUCUGGUCUUAGCACUCAACAGCUGUUUGAACAGGGUCUUAGUUCUCAUCAACUGUCUGCAGCUCUUAGUCAGCCACAUGCUGUUGGAACACAGCCAGUUCUGUCACAUGGGUCUGGUGCACAAAGACGGGAAGUACACGGAUCACAGCAAGAGAAGGAAGUAGUAGCAGAUUGGAAGGAGGGAGGCAAAGAGGAGGCCAGUAACAGAGAGACGACACACACCAGAAAGAGCUCAAAAACAGUAGAGACAGAAGAGGGACGAGAGGAGAAGCCAGAGAGUGAAGAGAUUGGAGCAAAGGGCCGAAAGAAAAGGAGGAAGAAGAGGGGGAAAAGAGGAGGCACAGAGGCCAAGCUUAGCUCCAGCUCCAGUGUAGAGUCUCAGAGCCCAAUAGAGGUACAGUCAAAGAGAGAGCUGGUAACAAAUCUGAAUAGUCAGUCAGACACAACGUCAGAAGCCAAGGAUAUAACAGGAAGGGCAGACAUCCAGUCUCCAAGGACUCCUGAGCCAACCUGGAGAAAGGAAGCUGACAAGGACGCCAUGCAUCUACCCAGCCAGACAGAGGGUGAGACCACGACCACUAAUGGUUCGGACUGUGUUACACAUUCAGAACCCAGUUAUACUUCUCCAGGAUUUAGCUCAACAGAGCUUGAACGAACAGAACUGACUGAUGCGCCAGCUUCACAGAAAUUAUCAGAGGAGAGCAUGAACUUUCAUGGACCUGAUGACCUUAACCCAGAUUCUAAAUUCACCACUUCAGAAAUGAAUGAAACGGAUGCCAGAGAGAAAGAGAUUGGGGAAACUGUGCACCAUGUGAGGACAGAAUUAUUGGACCCUGCACAAAUGGAAGUAAAGGGUCUUACCAGCCCCCUCCAACAAACAAUGAAUAGUGUGAAGUUAUCAGCUGAAAAUGAGGAUUAUACAGUUGUCGGUAAAGCUGCAUCUGUGAAGCGGACAGGUUUGGUGGAAUCCAACUGUCCAGUGGAACUUCCUGUCAAACAUUCAGAUCCCAAAGAAUUCACAGAGGACUCGUUUCUUGUGGAAUUUCCUGAACAGAAAACACAGCAUGUACAACCUGUGGAUCUCAAGGGUAAGCCCUCAGAAUGUAUAUCUGAGCAACCUACCGAAGCUGUGGGACAAACACACCUUGUGGAAGCUCAGAAUCAACCAUUUGAAGGCACAGCGGAUGUUUCACCACUUCAAAUACAGGAAGGAAGUGCCGAGACAACUGAAGGGGAAUAUUUAGAGCAUUGUUUGGUCGCAGAGAUGCUGAGAGAUCAGCAGCACAUGGAGGAAAAGAAAAAUGACUUGUGGGUGGGUGAUGAAGAAAGGGAUAAGGAAAGAAAAAAAAAUUAUGGUGAGGCACAUAGCAGUGAGUCUUCCAUACAUGUAGGGAAGAAGGUGGAGGGUGAGGACUUUCCUCUUGUAGACAGAGAAAAAGAGCAGCAGAAGUACAAUGAAGACCUAGUCAGCACAGCAGUAGCAGUUGUUACAGUAGCUAUAGCAUCAGCUAUGGCUAGCAUGGAGAUGAGCCAACUGUUAGCGGACAAUCAGACAGAGAUUCAAAAGACUGCUAGCAAAGCCGCAGCUAAUGAUCCACCAUUAACACUGGAAGCUAAUGCACCAACUGAUGCUGAUUUCAACAGUAUUAAAUCCACACAAGUGUCUGCACAGCUGCUUAAAAACAAAGACAAUGAUAACUGCCAACUGUUAGCUGACUCACAUACAGCUCAGACACUGACAGUAAACCAACAUGUACUCAUUAAACCUAAUGUUCAGAGUCAAACCGAAACAAAAAACCUACAAGCAGCACAGCUAGAUAGUGAUGAACAUGCAAACCCUGACAUGUCAACAAUGGCAGACACUCCUAGUUUAGCAUAUCAUGACAAAGAGGAAACAGAACCUACGAAAAACAAAUUCUUAACAUGUUCACUUCCCGAAGAAGACAGUCUCUUGAAACUUAAUAUAAAAUCCUCUCCAGAAGCUAAUGAGAUGAUUAUAACUGAGGUAGAUAGCCAGGGUCACAUGCCAACAGACAUCCAGCGGCAACAAGAGAGCCAGCUCCUCUGCCCUGUCAUAGACACAGGACAACAUCCAGAGGCUUCUCAUCUAUGCUGCUCUCAUUCUGACGACAAUCCCAAACUUGAAGAAUGUGGUGAGCCACAAGAUCAGUCUGUUUGUGGUAAAGAGAGUGAGUUAGAGUCACAUUUAAAAAAGAAUGAGGAAUGUGAUAAGAAUGAUAGUCAUCCUAUAGCAUGUGGAACUGCUGAGGAUGAAGAAGCUGUUAAGGUACAACAGGACAUUUCAGACAGUUCAAAGUCAGAGCACAGUGAGAGUGAGAGAGGUGAAAAAGCUUUCACAGACAUGCAGGCUGAAAAGUGCAGCAGUAAUCAGCAUGUGGAUGGGCAGGUUCAAACACCAUCUGAAGGGGAGAUUCCCACUUUGCUACUCUCAACACUUCCUGUUAUCCCAUCAGACUCAGCUCCUGUGGCUGAUUCCAGUUCAGAGGAACUUACUGUUAAUCUGGAAACAGGCAAAUUCCAGUCGUCCCUUUCAUUACCGGACAUGAAGCUUGAUGCAGGCAGUGGCCUGUUCCGGUGCAAAGACCCGAAGUUUGUUGUCAUGGAUAAUAAGGAUGGUGUGUUCACAAACCUGGAUAAAGACUCAGACACUCUGGAUACAGUGGAUGGAUGGAAGGAAAGAGAAAAGAAUCAGAUGAAAAGAGAAGAGGAGGCACAGAGAGGGAUGGUGGCUGCAGCAGACUCAUCCCAGACAGAACCAGAAACAUUCCCAGCAACGAAAGAAAAGCCUCAACAGAGCAGGACUGAUUCAGACAGGACACACACUCUGCAGAUCCAGAGGGAGAAGGAUGUUUUCUACCCUGUCCACCCCUGCUCCGAACCCAGCACAGAGACAGCAUGUUCAGCCGUCCAUCCAGACACAGAUGAGUGUGUGUCCAUGUGCUUGUUGCAGAGCGACACAGAAGUCAGUGAGAGCCUGAAAGCCAGGGCUGACCUGGAUGAUGGUGUCUUUAAAAAGCCUUUAGAUCCAGCCCCUCGUGUUGGAGACAGAGGCAGAGGGAUUCGUGUCUCAUGGUCCUCAACAAAUGAUGGACCAACGCAUGGAGUUCUUUGUCCUAAUGAAGGUGCUUUGUCAGUGGACACUUCUGACUCUAUGGCUCCUCGGAGCUCCAGAAAUUCCUGGAAGUCAGAAAGAGAGGAAAGAGUUUCCUCACCACCAGAGAACUGUUACUAUGAACUGCUAGCAGAAAGCUAA